AUGAACUUGAGCCUUGUGACCUCAUUCUUCCUCACCGGCCUUCCCCACCCACCAGAACUGGACUCCACACUCUUCGGAAUCUUCCUGCUCAUCUAUGUACUCACUGUGCUGGGGAACCUCCUCAUCCUGCUGCUCAUCAGGCUGGACUCUCACCUCCACACACCCAUGUACUUCUUCCUCACCAACCUGUCCUUCAUUGACAUGUGGUUCUCCACAGUCACGGUGCCCAAAAUGCUGAUGACCUUGUUGUUGCCAACAGGCGGGGCCAUCUCCUUUGGCGGCUGUGUGGCCCAGCUCUACUCCUUCCACUUCCUGGGCAGCACUGAGUGCUUCCUCUACACAGUCAUGUCCUAUGAUCGCUACCUGGCCAUCAGUUACCCACUCAGGUACAGCAGCUUGAUGAGUGGUAGGACGUGUGCCGUGCUGGCCACUGGCACCUGGCUCAGUGGCUCCUUGCACUCUGCUGUCCAGACCACCCUGACAUUCCGUUUGCCCUACUGUGGCCCCAACCACAUCCAGCAUUACUUCUGUGAUGCCCCACCCAUCCUCCGGCUGGCCUGUGCGGACACCUCAGCCAAUGAGAUGGUCAUCUUUGUCAACAUUGGGGUGGUGGCCUCGGGCUGCUUUCUCCUCAUAGUGCUGUCCUAUGUGUCCAUCGUGGGCUCCAUCCUGAGGAUCCGCACCUCAGAGGGCAGACGCAGAGCGUUUCAGACCUGUGCCUCCCACUGCAUUGUGGUGCUUUGCUUCUUUGGGCCUGGAAUUUUCAUCUACCUGAGGCCGGGUUCCAAGGAGGUCAUGGACGGGAUUGUGGCAGUUUUCUACACUGUGCUGACUCCACUUCUCAACCCUGUUGUGUACACGCUGAGGAACAAGGAGGUGAGGAAAGCUGUGGUGAAACUAAAAGGCAAAAUAGUACAUGUUCAAAGCAAUUAA